AUGGAAUCCACUCUCAUUCCCAUCCUUGAGCGACAUCUCAACAAGACUCCUCUGAGCCACAAGCUUGGAGCCAUGUAUGUUCUAGAUGCCGUUGCUCGAGCGUACCAAGAGGAGAACAAGAAGGUUGGCCAUGCUCUGAACCCCCAAGCUCCCGACGGCUCCCAUGCCAAGGGUCUUUUCCGAAUCUCUGAGUUUGUCGAGAGAGCUGCUCGAGAGUGUGUAGACCAUACUUCCUCUGACGACACUCGAGACAAGCUGGACAAGCUGGUGGAGAUUUGGCAGAAGGCUGGAACUUUCCCCCCUGACUCCAUGCAGAGAAUGCGGGGCUUCUUUAGUAUGUCCAAGACCCCUGAGCAGUCUCCUCCCUCGCAGCUGAUUGAUCUCAUUAACCAGGGCCAGCCCCCUGUCACUGGAUCCACAGCAGCUCCUGCUGGAGGCGCCAAUGCUGCUGCUGCUCUGGCCGCUGUUCUUGGCGGUGCUGCUCCCUCUGCUCCCGCUGCCUCCAACCCCGUGCCUACUGAUACAGCCUCCAUUCUGCAGGCUCUUGCUAGCAUGAACGCUGGCGCUGCCGCGGGCGCACCUGCCCCCGCACCCGCUGCCAACCCCAAUGCUGCUGCUGAUGUGCUCAAGAUGAUCAUGGCUCAGUCUGGCGGUGCUCCUCCUACCAUGCCCGGUGGAGAUGUCAACCAGGCCUGGAACCUUCCGUCGAGAGACCCCCGAGACCCCCGAGAUCCCCGAGACAACUUCCGAGACCGUUCUAGAGAGUACAGAGACAGGGACCCCCGGGACCGAGAUCCCCGAGACCGUGAUUUCGGACGAGACCGAAACUACCGAGACCGUUCUGGAGACCGAGGGGGAGACCGAGGAGGAGAUCGGGACUUUGGCCGAGGCCGAAACCAGAACCGACAACCUCCCGGAACCGACACCUUUGAGGACGACGCUCCUCCUCCCACCGAGAAGAAGGUCACCUACGACAACUCUUUGCCUCCUGGAACCAUCAAGGUGCUGUCUCGAACUAUCUUCAUUGGAGGUGUGACUAUGUCGACCACUAACGAGGAGCUUCUAUCCAUUCUGCGACCCUAUGGCCGAACCCAGUCGCUGGUAAUGCACAGAGAGCGAAAGCACGCCUUCUGUAAAAUGUACACUCGAGCUGAGGCCGAGGCCGUUCUGCAGAACUUCACCCGACUCAACCAGCAGGGCAGUAUCACUCUGCGAGCCCGAUGGGGUGUCGGUUUCGGUCCUCGAGACUGCUCCAACUACCAGACCGGUAUUUCCGUCAUCCCCAUUGCCACGCUUACCGAGGCAGACAUGAAGUGGGUGGUUUCUGCUCCCUACGGAGGCACUGGAGGAGUCCCUGUGGCUCCUGGCAUGUGUAUCGAGGAGCCCGAUAUCGAGGUUGGUACCGGCGUUUCUUCCAAGGCCAAGUCCAAGCGAAUGCCCACCAACGCCGGUGGCCGAAAUGGACCCCGAUCUUCCUUCCCUGAUCGAGAAGGGGGCGGAGGAUUUGACCGAGAUGGGGGACGAGAUGGAGGCCGAGGUGGGGGCUACGGAGGAGACCGAGGUGGAUACGGAGGAGGUUAUGGAGGAGGUUACGGAGGAGGAGGCUACGGAGGCAACGCCAACCACGUUCCUGUCGGCAUCAGAUCUCCCGCUCCUCCACCACAAGUCAACGCUGCCCAGAUGGACGCCAACGCGGCUCUGGCAGCUCUCUUCCCCAACGGUAUCCCUUCCAUGGGUGGCUUUCCUCCUCAGCAGUAG